CAAAAUUCAAAUAUAGAGUAGACCGUAAUUUAUAAUAAAUUAGGGGACAUUAAAUUUGAAGUUGGAUCUUGCUAUAGUUUUACACGUUUAAUAUUGAAGAGUAUUUUGUGAUUAUAUUUAUUUUAAUAAUAUAAAAUAUGUCGGACAAAACUCGGACAUCGAGGCUGGCUUCGUACAAAAAUGCUUGCCAGGGUGCGACGGAGCUCCGCAGAAAGCGGGCCGAGCUCAGCGUGUCGCUGCGCAAGCAGGCCCGCGAUGAGCAGCUGCUCAAGCGCCGGGCCAUGUCGCCCACGGAGGGUGAGGACAUCACUCAGGACACCGAGAAAGUCAUGUCCCCGGAAGAGAUUGUGAGAGGUCUGAAGUCUGAAGACAUUGCCACAAAGAUAGUGUGCGCCAGAGCUGCCCGGCGCAUUCUGUCCAAGGAGCAGAACCCUCCCAUUGCCAAGCUGGUUGAUGCUGGAGUUAUAAAGCCUUUAAUCGCAGCAUUGGACUUAUUUGAAUGCCAAGAUGUCCAGUUUGAAGCAGCAUGGGCCCUCACCAACAUUGCAUCCGGCACACACGAGCAGACUCUAGCCGUCAUGAAUGCUGGGGCAGUACCGAAGCUAGUGACGCUGCUGGGCACGGGCGGCGCGGUGGGCGAGCAGGCGGCGUGGGCGCUGGGUAACAUCGCGGGCGACGGCGCGGCGGCGCGCGACACCGUGCUGCGGCACGGCGCGCUGCCGGCGCUGCUGCCGCACCUCGCCCCCGCCGCGCCCGCCACGCAGCUGCGCACCGCCGCAUGGACCUUCAGCAACUUGUGCAGGAACAAGAAUCCUUUGGUCCAGUUCGACAUGGUGGCGCCUGCCCUGCCCUACGUCGCCGAGCUGCUCGAUGUUAAAGAUGCCGAUGUUUUAGCGGACACGUGCUGGGCGCUGUCGUACCUGACGGACGGGCCGAACGAGCGCAUCGAGGCGGUGCAGACGACGCCGCAGCUGCUGGAGCGCCUCACGCACCUGCUGCAGCACAAGUCGCCCGCCGUGCGCACCCCCGCCUUGCGCGCGCUCGGCAACAUGCUCACCGGCUCCGACGUGCAGACGGACCGGUGCAUCAUGGCGGGGUGCAUCGACGACCUCGCGAUGCUGCUGCGGUGCGGCAAGCCGGCGCUGAUGAAGGAGGCGGCGUGGGCGGUGAGCAACAUCCUCGCCGGCACCAAGGAGCAGAUCCAGGCCGCCAUCGACAAGGGCAUCCUAGUACCGCUCGUCGAGGUGCUGUCCACGGAAGAUAUCAAGUGCCAGAAGGAGGCGGCGUGGGCGAUCACGAACCUGUGCCUGGGCGGGUCGGCGGCGCAGCUGGACGCGCUCGUGGGCGCCGGCUUCCUGGAGCCCUACUGUCGCCUGCUCGCCGCGCCCGACCAGCGCGCCGUCACCGUCGUGCUCGACGGCCUCGCCAACCUCUUGCAGGCGGCUGCCAAGUUUGGACAAGUGGAGCCGCUGUGUGUGAAGCUCGAGGAGAUCGGCGCGCUGGACAGCAUAGAGCAGCUGCAGGAGCAUGAGAAUGAACAGAUAUACAAGAAGUGCUUGGACAUUCUGGACAACUACUUCGCGGAGGGGGGAGACGAGAACGCGCAGCCGCAGGAGAAUGGCAACGAGUACCAGUUCGGGACCACCGCCGCUGACAACUUUAACUUUUGAGACUGAUGUAGACAUUCAAUUUGUACGUUCCUCUAGAUUGUAAGUUAGGAUAUGUCACACCUACAGUCUUAAGUUAAAAUUUUGUAUGUUAUUUUUAGCAAUAUUCCGCGAAAUAACAUACUGAAUUUUAAGCCAUGCGUUUCCACAAAAUAAUGCCUGAUUCUAAUAACUAUACAGUCUUAAGUUUUACACGCGACAUUGUGGUUGCGUUCUAUUAAUUACACCUUCGAGCAUUGUCGUCGCAUUGCGUCUCGGCGAGAACUGACCGUAGCAUUUAAUAAGACGUUGUGAUAGGUGCCUUAUAUAAAACCUUUAUUAUUUCAACUAUCUGAUUGAGCUGGCCUCACUGUGUUGAAGUUAUACAUUAGUUUUUAAUUUAGUUUAUUCGAUUGUACCAUACUUUUCUUAUUAAUAAAUCAAAAUUUUUAUUAUUCAUA